AGGAAAUUCGCAUGACGGUGGGGGAUUUGGCUGCAUGUGGGAGUGGAAUUAGACAUGCCUGAGGUGUUUUCUCCAGAGGCAGUUUGGAGGUCUGUGGAGGAAGGCAGAGGGUAAAUGUGCGACCUGUGCCCCUUCCCAGUGGUGUCAGUAGCAGUGCGUGGCCGGGGUCAGCAUGAGUCUGCAGUGGACAGCGGUGGCGGGCUUCCUGUACGCAGAGGUGUUUGCCCUGCUGUUGAUGUGCAUCCCGUUCAUUUCGGCAAAGCAAUGGCAAAGGCUCUUCCGAUCCAGCCUCUUCACCCUGGCAGUGUCGUAUGGAAACAAGUUCUUCUUCUUCCUGAUCGCAUUGCUGAUCUUCCUGCUGUUCGAUGCCAUCCGUGAGGUUCAGAAAUACAAUGUUCCAGACAAGGUGGACCUCAAGCACCUGCCCACGGCUGAGGACCACAUCCACAUGAAGCUGUUCCGUGCACAGAGGAACCUCUACAUCGCCGGCUUCUCCCUCCUCCUGUGGUUCGUCCUGAGGCGACUGGUCACCCUGAUCUCCCAGCAGGCCACGCUCCUGGCCACCAACGAGGCCUUCAAGAAGCAAGCGGAGAGUGCCACCGAGGCGGCCAAAAAGUACAUGGAGGAGAACGAUGGGCUGCAGAAGGCCCUGAAGGAGGCUGGGGUGGAGCCAGUGACCCGAGAGGCCAGUCAGCUGGAGGAAGAGAACCAGAGCCUCCAGGCCAAGCUGAGCCUCCUGAAGGAGGAGGCAGCAACUGCCCAGAGAGCCCUGCAGCGUUCGGAGAACGAGCUGACAGCGAUGAAGCGACAGGCGGAGGGUCUGACAAAGGAGUACGAUCGGCUGCUGGAGGAGCAUUCCCGGCUCCAGUCGGAGGUUGACAGACCGACCCACAAGAAGGAGGAGUAGACGUGUCUGUGGCUUCUGGUGCUGAGGACCGGUCCCCCGGCCUGAUGCUUGGCUCUUCCAUCCCGGGACGGCCAGCACCUCCCCUCAGGCACCCUGUCACUACCUCCCCUCCCCAAUGCGUUUCUGUCCCUCAGUGGGUUCCCCUGCCCCACUCGCUCCACGUCGCACUGGCUACCGAGACCCGGCCCUUCUCCCCACCUCCCACCUGCAGCUCCUCAGGUGCCUGCGUGCUGUGGGUUGGGGGUUGGGGGAAAGAGUCGAGCCCUGGGACCCCUGUCCCUUCUGGCCUCCCUCAGCACCUCCCCUCUGUCAGACCAUUCUCUCCACCCCUCACCCCUCACCCCCCACCCCUUUUCUCCCCUUUCUCCUCUCCGUGUGGAGUGCUGUGGUGGUUGAGGGAGCUCUGGUCGGGACGUGUGUGUGAAACGAGGACACAGUCGGCAACUGGGCUUGUAAAUGUUUGCUGUGCGAUAUCGCCUGCCGCUCACUGGGUGUGAGGCCAGUGGUUACCAGAUGCCCACCUCGUCUCUGGGCUGAAGGUCUCUGUUCUUUUGUAAUCUCACAGAAAAGGUGUUUACACAUUUGCUCUUGUGGGAAUAAUAAAUGGUUUUGGACUGUAAGGUGGGACCGUCCUGUCU